AGUUGACAACUGUAGCUUUCGCAUUCCUGAAGUUCGAUAUUUAUUUCAUGUAAUUUCGAGCUGUACGCGCUGUUUGUGCUUGGGAAAUGUGUUUUUUGCGUUUUCUGAUGCAAGCGCGUUCAACGCUAAGUCGCUAUGUACCCGAGAGGACGACAACUGACAGCGCACGCAAACUACAUCUGGUGAUUGGGAAUGAGUCGUGCGAUCUGGACUCGGCAGUGUCCGCCGUCACGCUAGCCUUUAUCUACGCUCAGCGACAACAGGAGCACGACUAUGUACCGGUGUUGAAUAUACCACGCAUAGAUUAUCCAUUGAAAACGGAGGUGGGGCACAUGUUCAACAAGUGUGACAUCAAUGAGGAAAUGCUGCUCUUUCGCGACGAUCUGCCCAAUCAGUUGGCCAGUGAUAUUGAUGUCAUACUAGUUGAUCAUCAUAUCAGCCAAUUAGCUGCCAAUGUUAGCGAAAUACUCGACCAUCGGCCCUUGGAGCAAAAUGCAGUGAUGCAGUUGCUGCCCGCACACUGUGUGCGGCAGAUUGAGCCCGAGAUUGGAUCCUGUGCGACUUUAGUCGGCGAACGCUAUUUGGCCGAGGAGCAGCCACGCUCCAGUCGCGUAACGCAGCUACUGCAUGCGACCAUCCUGCUGGACACUAUCAAUUUUUCGUCAGCAGCAAAACGCUUUUGCCCAAGCGAUUUGUUAAUGGUUGAUCAGCUGGAGCAGAUGCAGCAGCAUAGCGACGAUUCUUCUGAAGAGGGGAAUAUACGACGGCGUCAGCAGCUCUUCGAUGAGCUGGUCACCGCACGCGCCGACAUAAGCAAGUUGUCGCUAACGGAAGUGCUGCGCAAGGAUAUGAAGCAACUACAAACCGAACGCCAUACAGUGCCGAUAGCUGGUCUGCCAAUGCUGGCGCGGGAUUUCAUAGAAAAGAGCGAUGCUGAGCUUGCAAUACGUCAGUUUGCUGCCGGCAGCAAUCUGCUUGUCAUACUGGGAAUGCUCGUGCCCCCCCAGACUGGCGGCGGUCAGGUGCAGCGCGACGUGGCGCUCAUCUCGCUGACGGGUCAGAGGCAGCUAGUGGAACGCGUGCGCCUGGCACUGCUAGAAUCGCAGUCGCCGCCGUUGCAGCUGCAUCCACACGAGGUGGAGACGAACUUUUUAGGCGGCUGCUAUUUGCGUCAGCAUAACGUCCAGGCCACCCGCAAGCAUAUUCUGCCUAUCAUCAAGCAGGUGCUGGUCGAUCUGGAGGCCUCACAUCUCUGUGACUGCGACGAUGUCUACUUCUUCAAGGAGAAGCCCAAGUUGGGUCUGUCCUAGACGCCACUGUGUGAGCUUGAGCAAACAAUGUCCAACCGCAAGUACAAAGCAUGGGACACACACACACAUACACUGAUAUGCAGGUGCUACCCGCUCUGCUUAUGUAUUAGCAUUAGUUCAAGCAUUAGUUACAGCCACUGAGAUCUAAUCAACGCUAUUGACAAAUCACUUGUCUUUAAAAUGGUUCCAAUUGCGAUGCGAAAGUGCCACAAACCUAUCACAUUGUUACAACUUGAAGUAAUCAUUUUCCCAACUGUUAUAUUUAUGUUUAGUUGAUUUGCUUUAAAUUAGAAACUAAUUGGAGUUGCAAGAAAAUUAAACAAUACUCAGAUCUGCUAAUGAAUCUGAGCUCGAGCCAA